AUGAGCUCAAACGGCUUGACGGUCGAGCAUUUGGCUGCCGGCGCAAACAGACAGACUGCCGUUGCGGACUGGAGCCGGACGGGGCUGUUGGCUUAUGGAGCAGAUUGCAACAUUGCUCUCUGGCGGCCAGCUGCCGAUCCUCCAAGAGGUGUAUUCAAACUCUUAAACGGGCAUAAAGAAACAGUCAAGGCCCUGACAUUCCUGCCCGAGCUUGAGAACGACUCCUCAAGUUACUUCAUCAGUGGCUCAGAUGACAAGACCCUGGCUGUCUGGAAAUCUUCCCAUUAUAGACAAGAUUUUCAGUUGCUUCAGACGGUAUCUGAGCACACCGGGCCAGUAAACUGCGUUACCGCUUUGCGAGUCGCUGCUGAGCAGCCAAAGUGGAUAGUCGCAACGGGAGCAGCAGAUGCAACCAUCAGAAUUUGGAGUUUCGAGAGUGAUCAGCUGCAGCUGAUUCAAACUAUCAACACGACACCGAAAUACUUCCCUCUGUGUCUUUCACUCAGUACUCUUGGCACCGACAAUGACGCUUACAUCCUUGCUUCGGCUGGCACAAAGGAUGUCAUCCAGAUCCUGACAGCCGAGGCGAAGGCGGAUCGGAUCCAGUUCAACCUUCAGGCAACGCUCAGCGGCCACGAAGGCUGGCUUAGAUCCCUGAGCUUCGCGAGGGAGACGAACAGCCCGGAUAGCGAUCUACUUCUCGCAUCGGCCUCCCAGGAUAAAUACAUCAGAAUCUGGAGAGUGCACCAGGGCAAGGAGCUCCCCGCCUUGGCUGUUGAAGGCUCGGACCCUUCAAGCGGCGCUUUCAUGCCCGGAAAAUCUCCAUCGAAUAAAGCGCAUUGGCUCAGAAUCUCCGAAAAGGACUUUUCUGUAACAUUUGAGGCUUUGCUGCUGGGCCACGAGGAUUGGAUUUACAGCGCAAAGUGGCAUUCUCAAGCUGAUGGCAAGCUGCAGCUCCUGUCUGCUUCUGCAGAUAACUCACUGGCUAUCUGGGAGGCUGAUCCUGGCUCCGGCAUCUGGGUCAGCAUGGUGCGACUUGGAGAGAUUAGCAGAGAGAAAGGUGCCACGACGGCAACAGGAAGCACUGGCGGCUUCUGGACCGGCCUGUGGUCCCCCGAUGGAAAAUCAGUGGCUUGUCUGGGCAGGACGGGCAGCUGGAGAAGGUGGGAAUAUGACGCCUCAGAAGACAUGUGGAGGCCUCGCAUCGCCAUCUCUGGCCACACAAAGGCUGUUACCGGCAUCUCUUGGUCCAAAGAUGGCGGCUUUCUCCUCUCCACAAGCUCAGAUCAGACAACCCGGCUUCAUAUGAAGUGGAAAAGCCACGGCACAUGGCAUGAAAUGUCUCGUCCGCAAAUUCACGGCUACGAUCUAAACUGCAUCGACUCGCUGGGUUCCUCGCAGUUCGUUUCCGGCGCUGAUGAGAAGCUUAUGAGAGUCUUCAGCGAACCCAAGGCCGUGGCUACCAUGCUGAAUCGGCUGGGAGGCAUCGACGGAGGGAACAUUGCGGAUAUGCCUGAUGCUGCCAACAUGCCCGUGCUGGGUCUCUCCAACAAGGCCAUUGACACCUUGGAUGACGACCAGGAGAUUCAGCCCAUAGACGACCGGGAUCGAGACGCCAUUGAUCCCGCAUCCAUUGUCAAGAAGUCAUACCUGGAUAUCGACUACCCGCCAUUCGAAGAAACGCUGUCUCGGCACACCCUGUGGCCGGAGAUGGAGAAGCUCUACGGCCACGGCUACGAAAUCUCCUGUCUUGCCGCCAGCCAUGAUGGCAAGCUCAUUGCCAGUGCCUGCAAAGCCAGUUCCAUCAACCACGCCGUCAUUCGUAUCUUCGAGACGGACAAGUGGACCGAACUCCGACCUCCGCUAGCAGCCCAUACUCUGACAGCUACCCGACUACGGUUCUCCUCCGACGACAAGUAUCUCCUGAGUGUUGGCCGCGAUCGUCAAUGGGCCAUUUUCGAGAGAGGCGUUGGAGAAGAUUCAACCAUUCAAUACCAGCUACUACAAUCCAAUACCAAGGGCCACUCCCGUAUGAUUCUCGACGCCGCGUGGGCUCCCUCUUCUUCAGUGCCUCUGUUCGCCACAGCAGGUCGAGAUAAGCAGGUCAGAGUCUGGUCGUUGUCGAAGCAAAGUGGUGAGGAUGGUGCAAAGCCCCAAUUCAUACAGGUGUCAUCAUUGGCUUCCGAUGGGCCAGUCACAUCGGUUGAUUUCUUGACACAGCCCGUGGGAAAUAAGUACGUUCUCGCCGUUGGCACGGAGAGUGGGCGUGUUAGCCUGUGUACAGUGACUGAAGAUGGCUCAUCCGUCUCGGAGCUACCGACGUCUCCUGAGUUGAUUCUCCCCAAGUCGGUUCUUCAGCUAGCUUGGCGGCCAGUAAGCAAGGACGAAAACGCAGCCAAGUAUGAGCUUGCUGUUGCCGGAGAGGAUAGUUCGUUGAGGGUCUACGGUUUUGGAGAGGAAUAUUUCAUAGAGCAAAAGCAGUCAUAA